AUGAUCAUCAACCAUGGCAGGCAGCUGGGGAGGAGUCUGCUGCUGCUGGCCCACUACACCACAGUGUUUCUGGCCUUUGUGGGGCGCACUGUGCAGUGGAUGGUGGACGCAGUGAAGUGGACCAGCAUGUUUUCACGCUACACAGUAUCACUGUUUGACUCCAUCUACAAACGACUACACUCGGGGAAGAGGAGCAGAGUCCCUGGUGCAGAGAAAUACAAAACAACAGGAAGCAUUGUGGAUGACCUGCAGGCGGUGGAGAUGCACCUCUGGUGCAAGAAGUUCACGAUCGUGUGCCCCUCAGGUCAGCUCACUCUGCACGAUUUCAAGCAAUUUGUUGGGCUUAGAAGACUGGACACAGAGGCCAAGGCCUACAUAGAGCAGAUGUUCCACACAUUCGACAUGAAUAAAAAACUAGUCAUCUCCCUGCUGGAUUCUGCAGGACGCUAUAAAGAUUUCAUGGAGUAUGUGGCCGCCCUCGGCCUGGUGAUGCGAGGAAAGAUAAAGCACAACCUGUACUGGUAUUUCAAUCUUUAUGAUGUGGAUGGAAACGGCUGCAUUGGCCGACAUGAGCUCCUCAACAUGAUAAAGGCACCUCGUGCGAUCAAUGAAAAUCAGGAAACAACUGCAGAGGACUUCACUAACGGUGUGUUUGACAGAACUGAUAUAAAUGGAGAUGGGGAGCCGUCUUUGGAGGAGUCUGUGGCCAGUGCUCGCAGGGAUGCCGAUUUCAGGGAGGUGAUGAUGAAAAGUCUGGACCUCACUCACAUUGCGGCCAUGAUUUACAACAGGAGUUGCAGAAUUUAG